GUUGUCACUCUUGGUUUCUUAGUUACCAUGGGGCCACCUGCUCUGCUCAGGUGUAAUGUUAGAGUGAGUGUCAGGUGAGAUCUGUCUGAUUAACAUCUCUGUGGAGGUCAGACUGAGGAAAUGUGCUGCACUAAAGUAGGUUUCUUACAUCACAUCAGCCUCUGAGAUACACCAUCUAAAAAGGAUGCCACUGGGGAAAAGGAUUCGCGCUUCUUCAGCUUCAGGAAGAUUAGAAACACGAAAUGUGACAAGCAUCCUCUCUGAACUGGGGAGAACAGAGGAGAGGAUGAGAAACAGCUCUGGGCCAGGUAGUCGGGGUGAGAAAGUCACAGAUGACUUCUCAGCUGCACCAAGACGAGUGGGUGUCAGCGAGGACAGAAAACAGCAGCCUGAAUGGUUGAUUCGAGAGCUACUGAAACAGAACAGGCGAAGACACUCUGUCACACUCGGAGACCGGGCUCACACGAUGAGACGACAGCAUCACAGCACUGACUUAACUCACAGCCUCUGCAGCCUCCAGAUUGAUGAGACAAUUUCACUUGACAACCUCCAGAAACUGAAACUAGCAUUCGAGGAGUUUGAAACGGAUGGCUUGAGAUCCACUGAUGCGAAGAAUUUUGGACGUAUAGUGAAGAAGUGUUUGGGUUUGUCUAACACAAGCAAUGCACAGAUUCAAGGGUUAUUUAAGAAGAUUGAUUAUUCAGGCCAUGGAAGGAUUUCAUGGGGCGACUUCUGCACACACAUGCUGCAGGAGUAUCAAGAGAAGCAGGAAACUGAAAGACGCAUUAAGCAGGUGGCUUUCACUCUGCCAGCCACUAUGAAGACAUUGUCCAACAACAUUCCCAUCACCAACAUCCACUCCACCCAUGACGGCACCAUCGUCACAGUGCGAGAAGACGGUUUUGUUUGCUGCUGGAGUCCUGAACUCAAUCCCCUGAUGACCAAACACAUCUUUAACGAAGAACCUGCAAACAGAAAGUCAAAGUGGGCAAGUGAUUUCACUCUGAUGACAGAGUACAACAAGCUCAUGAUUGCAACGGGGGACAGAGAGAUCCAACUUUAUGAGCUUUCCACUCUGGCUCCAUAUUGCCAGAUCAAUGCGCUGGACACGGUGCCUUUGACUUUAAACUACGGCUCUGCAGGCCCUGAUAAAUGUUGCAUUCUGUAUGGAGACACUGAGGGAUGUGUGACUAUCAUUUUAAUAUACUCUGUUGAAGACACCCUCAGAUUAUGGAAUGAAUUGCCAAAGAUUGAAAACAUACCCAACAUCACCAUCGACAAUGCAGUGCUUUCUCCCAAUGUGACAUUUGUCAGAUGGAAGGUUCAUCAGGACUGGGUGACACAGGCGAAAUACUUUCAGAGUUAUCAAGCUGUUGUCUCCUCAUCCAGUGAAGAAACUGCGUCUCUUGUUAUAGGCCGUGUGCUCCCUUUAACGGCCGCUGAGCAGCAGCUGACCGAGAUCAGAGAGGCCUGCUAUGAAGGUAAAACCAAGAAAAUGCAACUAAGUUGGACACCACAGAUCCGGGCAUCAUGUGACCAGACAGUUUUCAGCAUCCACAAAGGCGUCAAGACGUUUGACCUUUGUCAGAAGCACAGCUUGUUGAUCACUGGAGGCAUGGACAGGCUCAUACGCAUGUGGAACCCGCAUUUUUCUGGGAAGCCAACUGGUAUUUUGAAAGGCCACUGUGCUCCCAUCAUCUACCUCUGCAUCUUCUCAGAGCACAGUCAGAUCUACUCUGUCUCCACGGACAGCACUGUGAAGAUCUGGGAUAUUCAGGAUGAGUGUUGCCUGUUUACAGCAGACACCAAAGCAAGCAGGAUUCAUGGUGACAUAUCCGCAUGCUCGUAUUCCUCUGCUAUGAAAUCCCUUUACGUUGCAGCAGACUGUAUGGCUGUGCUCUCCCUGAAGAUAAGCUACAGCGAGGAGUUUCGUCAAGUUGUCAGUUGCAGUGAAGGCUCUGUGAUGAAAGUCUGGGAUUUAAACACUGGCCGUCAGGUUUUUGAGUUUGGUGGCACACACGACCUGUCUGUCAUCACGUGCAUGACUUUUGACCACAAAGGGAGGAGACUGAUCACAGGGGCGAGAGAUGGUUGUCUGAAGAUCUGGAACUUCAGCAAUGGUCAGUGCCUGAAGACACUGAAGAAAGAUGGUGAAUGUCACGAGGUGUGCGACUGCAUCUUUGUGAAAGUUCACAGGAAUUUCUAUGUGAUGUCUGUUGGCCGGGACCGGAAGAUUGACAUUUACUCGGAUGUGCCCGAGGACCUUCAUCACGUCCAGAGGCCGAAGCCUACGUGGCAGGAUGAUCUGAAAAAUGGCCAUAAGGAUGACAUCCUUUGUGUGGCACACUGUCCUCCAUCUCUCAUAGCCACCGGCAGCUAUGAUGGAGAGAUUAUAGUGUGGAACGUGGUUUCUGGACGAAUCCAGUGUCGGCUCGUCAGCCCCGUUCUUGCUGAACAGCAAAAUAUUCAAGGACUGGAUACAAGUGUUCCAAGCAUCAUGUUCCUAAAGAACUCCAAGUUACGGCAGUUUAAGUCGGCUACAGCUCUCCUGUCGUCCGGGGCCAUGGGUUGUAUACAUCUCUGGAGUGUGAUCAGUGGCGGGAAAUAUAUGGGCAGCUUCAAAGCCUCUAGAUUUCAGCAAAAGAUUACAAAACUGGCGAAAACAGACGAGGGCACACUGCUGUAUGCUGCUGACCGAAUUGGCUACAUCUAUGUUUACAACAUGGAGCAGUUUGCCCCUGAGCAAAAAUCACCAAGAGCUGAAAACUUCUGGCGUGCCCACACCAGCAGAAUAACUGGCCUGCAGAUUGUUGACAAUGAUCAAGUGGUGCUUACCUCAUCCACCGACUGCACUGUGCGCCUUUGGAACGCACAUGGAGAAUUCAUAGGGACAUUUGGACAGUCUGAGAGCUGGAGUGUCCACAUCUCCUCUUCUUGGAAACAUCCUGCUGUCCCCUAUGAGAUUCUGAUCGAUCCUCUGAGUUUACCAGAACAUGCAAUACUGAAUUUAAAAUCAGAUAAAUCCGACAAGACUGAGGAUCAAAGAACUGAACUAAAGUCAGGGACGCACAGCGAGCUGAGACAUCCUGCAACAUCGACCAGUGACGCAGACAUUCAGCAAGAUUAAAAUUGUGUUUUACCCAGAGGACCACAAGAGUGUGUGAGUUAUAUCCAUUACAACAGCAAAGACUACCGUACAUAUGCAAUGCAAGUCUUACACCAGACUCAGCUUCAAAAAUGACAGAUUUAUAUUUAGAGUGAGUGUGUCUUGCAUUUCAGGCUCUGCCAUGAAAUUGUCAGGCACACUAACAAGCUAUUGGAGCAGUGCACUCUGAAACGCUUUGAUACUGUGGAGUCCCCAAACAGCCUUGUAAGACCUGACCUCUCCCUCGCUCGUAUUGAUCCUUUCAUAAGCAGUGCUGAGGAACUGGAGUUAAGUGAAUAAGAUGAAACUGUAUUGAUCACAGUUUGGAAACUGGGUCAU